AUGGAGGACUCAGAGAGGGUCAGGGAAUCCAGGGGGCCCAGAGGGCCAGGAAAUCCAGGGGGCCCAGAGGGCCAGGAAAUCCAGGGGGCCCAGAGGGCCAGGAAAUCCAGGGGGCCCAGAGGGCCAGGGAAUCCAGGGGGCCCAGAGGGCCAGGGAAUCCAGGGGGCCCAGAGGGCCAGGAAAUCCAGGGGGCCCAGAGGGCCAGGGAAUCCAGGGGGCCCAGAGGGCCAGGGAAUCCAGGGGGCCCAGAGGGCCAGGAAAUCCAGGGGGUCCAGAGGGCCAGGAAAUCCAGGGGGCCCAGAGGGCCAGGGAAUCCAGGGGGCCCAGAGGGUCAGGGAAUCCAGGGGGCCCAGAGGGCCAGGAAAUCCAGGGGGCCCAGAGGGCCAGGGAAUCCAGGGGGCCCAGAGGGCCCAGAGGGCCAGGAAAUCCAGGGGGCCCAGAGGGCCAGGGAAUCCAGGGGGCCCAGAGGGCCAGGGAAUCCAGGGGGCCCAGAGGGCCAGGGAAUCCAGGGGGCCCAGAGGGCCAGGGAAUCCAGGGGGCCCAGAGGGCCAGGGAAUCCAGGGGGCCCAGAGGGCCAGGGAAUCCAGGGGGCCCAGAGGGCCAGGGAAUCCAGGGGGCCCAGAGGGCCAGGGAAUCCAGGGGGCCCAGAGGGCCAGGGAAUCCAGGGGGCCCAGAGGGCCAGGGAAUCCAGGGGGCCCAGAGGGCCAGGGAAUCCAGGGGGCCCAGAGGGCCAGGGAAUCCAGGGGGCCCAGAGGGCCAGGGAAUCCAGGGGGCCCAGAGGGCCAGGGAAUCCAGGGGGCCCAGAGGGUCAGGGAAUCCAAGGGGCCCAGAGGGCCAGGGAAUCCAGGGGGCCCAGAGGGCCAGGGAAUCCAGGGGGCCCAGAGGGCCAGGGAACCCAGGGGGCCCAGAGGGCCAGGGAAUCCAGGGGGCCCAGAGGGCCAGGGAAUCCAGGGGCUCUAA